AUAAGAGCCUGCAAAGGCUGUGAGGUUUGCCACACUGCCUUCAUCCGGCGGAGGAGUAAGAGCAAAGGCAGAGACCGGCAGAGAGACCGAGUGUCUGCCGAGGGUAAGGCUCAUACCGCAGUCCUGGUCUUUUUGCUGCUGUCCCUCACUCGGAUCGUCCAGGUACUCCCCUAGCAAGCAAGAAUGGAUGUCUUUAAGAAAGGUUUCUCCAUUGCUAAGGAAGGUGUGGUGGCUGCUGCAGAAAAGACCAAGCAGGGAGUGACGGAGGCUGCAGAGAAGACUAAGGAAGGGGUGAUGUAUGUAGGUACCAAAACCAAGGAAGGCGUGGUGCAAAGUGUGACCUCAGUUGCCGAGAAGACCAAAGAGCAGGCCAAUGUGGUGGGAGAAGCUGUAGUAGCCAGUGUGAACACAGUGGCAAACAAGACUGUAGAAGGAGCAGAGACCAUUGUGGCCACCACAGGAGUUGUAAAAAAGGAGGACCUGGCCGUGCCGCAGCCGCCCGAGCAGCCGGGGGCAGCAGGAGAGGGGACCCCAGCAGCGAGCGCCGACGCCGGCGGAGAGGGUGAAAAUUAAGGCAAUUAAUCAGCUUAGGGACUUCUAGCUCAGAAGAGAGCAUUCCAAGAGCAUACAUGGAAAUAUUAGCUGACACUACAAGAGGAAAAUCCUGCUCUCCAUAGACUAGCUGCACUCAGCUCUGUAGCCUUUCCGUUGCCUCAUAAACCAGUCACACCAUGUAUGUAAGCCCGACUCCUCUGACUGUAAGUGAAGUGCAGGGGUGCGUGUCUCCCCCCCACCUCCCGACCCGCCCGCUUUGUGCGUUUUGGUCAGACUCACUGAUUCAUGUCUCUUGUCCAUCUGCACUCGCACUUGGGAUCUCUAGGUAUGGCAGAAAUAUUUUUUUUAAACUAAUAAAAAAGCUUUUGAACAAG